AUGAACAAUAAAAUUAAUCAAAUAAUUCAAUCUGACAUUGACGUCAUUGACAACUCUAUUGCCCUUACUAAUGAAUCAAUUGAUAUAGGAAAAAAUGGGAUUAGUCAAUUGAAACAACAAAAUCAACAAUUAAAAAGAAUCAAUAAAGACCUUAUCACAAUUGACUCUGAACAACAAGAGACAAAGAAACAUCUCCACAAAAUCAAAUGGCUUUUACCAUCUCUUAGAGAGUUAUUUAGAAGAAAUGAUCGACGUUGCUCUAAAAAAAGAAUUACAGAUAUUCAAAAAAGUAAAAAAAAGAAGAGAAAUUAUCCCAAAAACGAAACCAACAACAAAAGAAAGAAAAAAAUUAUUUUGACAAAAAGGAAAGAAGAAGAAAAAAGAUGA